AUGACCGAGGCAUCUGAAAAUGCCUAUUUGGUGCGCGUGCGAGCCCAGGUUAUGUGUCGCGACGAAGGCACGGGCGGAUGGGUGGCGCUCGGCGGCGGCGGCCUUGCCGACGUCAUGGUUGGUAAACGGGCCCGCUACGUACACACAUCCUUGGGCGGAGACAGCAGUAAUGGCGACACUACAUCAUCGUCUGCGAGUCCACCGUCACACGAAUAUUUUAUACACGGGAAGCGAAUCAGCGAUAAUAUGGUAGUCCUGGAAUGCACGAUAAAAAAGGACUUCCAGUACAACAAGGUGAUGCCGACGUUCCACCACUGGGUGACAGACGAGAAACGCUUCGGACUCACGUUCCAGACCGCGGCUGACGCCAGGGCUUUCGACAAGGGUGUUAGGACUGCGAUCGAGGAGCUUUUAGACGGUCUCGGCGGGGUGUGGCCAUCACUUCACGCUUACAAAAAAUACAACCCAGCGCCUAAAGACGACGACGAGGAUCAAAAUAUCUUCGAGUGCCUGAACCUGCCAUCGGAGUCGCACUCGAGCUCAGAGAACUCGACGGCGCGGCGCGCGGGCUCGGAGCACGACAUCACGCAGACGCCCAUCCUCUCCGUCAUCACCCUGCCGAGGCACUGCCCCGACAACGCGCACCCGCUGCAAGACUCUCUGAAGCAGUAUGAGGCUCAAUACGAAGACAAGCUGGACGACUCGGACCCUGACAGAGGACCCUCUACCACCUAUGUCUCCUUGUCCGCUGUACACGACUACCAGUACCCAGCUCUGACUGGCGUCAUCAGCUCUGAGAAGUCCUCCCCUAACACCAAGCCACCACUGCUCAAACGGGACUCUGGUUCAAUAAAGAAGUGUGCGUGUGGUGAGCCGCCACCGUUGCCUGACAAAAAGCCCGCCGAGUCGUUUCAAGCCCGAAUUAAAUGCAGGCACUGCCACGAGUGGUACCUGGAGAGCGCCAACCGCUCGGGCGCGUGCGAGUUCGCGCCGGACUGCUUCCGCUCCUGCAUCGACGCCGUCACCUGCAUCAAGUGUGCGCAGUGUAUGCUGUACCACUGCAUGUCGGAUGCGGAGGGAGAUUUUGUUAUGCACCCGUGCGCAUGCGCCGCGCCUGACGAACCUUGCGCCAAACGGUGGGUGGGCAUCACGCUGCUGAGCCUGCUGGUGCCGUGCCUGUGGUGCUACCUCCCGCUGCGCUGCGCCCACCGCGCCGCCCGCGCCGCGCGCCUCGCCGGCGGACACCACGCGCCGCACCAGCCCCACCAGCCCCAACACCAGCCCCACCAGCCCCGCGCCACCUACGCGCAGCCCGCGCGCAAGUAG